AUGAUGGAAACAACAACUGCUCCUACCAUGGAUGUUACAACCAUAGCCCCAACAAUGAUGGAAACAACAACUGCUCCAACCAUGGAUGUUACAACCAUAGCCCCAACAAUGAUGGAAACAACAACUGCUCCUACCAUGGGUGAUACAACAGCCCCAACAAUGAUGGAAACAACAACUGCUCCUACCAUGGGAGAUACGACGGCCCCAACAAUGAUGGAAACAACAUCUGCUCCUAGCAUGGCAGCUACAACAGCACCGACUCCUCCUGGCUCCGUUGCAACAUCUUCACUGCUCAAUCUUGUCAUCUCACAGACCUUUGGAAGAUUGCCAACCCAGACAGAAAUUGAUGGCCUCAUGGUGCAAGUCAAUCAAUUUUACAAUGAUGUGCUUACAAACGUUUUUGGUGCUGAUUUCAUGAGUUUCACAGCUACAGUGACAGAUUCAAACAGUAAUGUGGCAGGGCCAUUCACAAUUGCAAUGAUCAAUCAUGAUGAUGUAACAACUUUUGCAGAUGGAGCAACUAUUCCUUCCCAGGCAGAAGUGGACCAGGCCAUCCAAGAUGCUGACUUGAGCAGCUUCAUCCAAAAUUACCUUCCAAGUGUCCUUCCAGAAGGCAACAUAUUUAUGAACACCAUUAUGGCAAGUUCUAGUUCAACCACUGGGGGGUAGUCUUGCUGUGGGCAAGACUUCCGGGGCAAUGUCACAACAUUGAGUUUCUAGGCUGGUCAAAUCACAAGCAGAGAUCGAGAAGAUGGGCAUGUGCACAGAAGGCAUGGGGGGUGACAAGCUGCCAAUGACAAAGAGAAUGGGGAUAAUAAUCGUUUUGGGGGGGUGGCUCUUCAACAAGUCCAACGGGAUCUUUGUCAAUAUCAUACUUGAAUAAAACCUUAAAAUGGGGGUCCUCUUCAUUUAGAACUACUACGUAACC